AUGAAGAGGCUGGUGAUGCAACUGCACCCCCAAGUGGGAAAUGGCGGGCUUCAACCGAGGGAACCCUUUUCCCAAGUGCGAAGAUGGAAAAAGUACAUUCCCUUUUAUGAUGUUAAGAAGAGGUACAAGCAAAGGACAGGGAGUGAAGAAGGGAAGGAAGUGGAGAAUAUAAAUUCAACUCGAAGUAAUGGAGACGAUACACAGUCCAGUUGGUCUAAGCAAAGGAACGUAGAAACGACUGCACACCAUGUUGUGUGCGAAAAUCUGGUCCCCCCAGUGUCCCCCAUGAAGGGGUUAAAGCUGCUCCUGAGCUUCAAACAUAUACACAGCGGCUACCAUUCCCCUACAACUGAUGGCACCCCCAUGGAAAGUAGUACAUAUCACAAGGAAGAAAAAAUUAAUUUCAAUUUAAUUAUAAAAAUUGACAUUAAGAGAGAGUCCUUGAGGGGCAUGUGUAACCUUACCCACAGUGUGGACAGGAAUAAGAAAAUACUCGUGCUGGUCGAUGAGGACCAUAUCACUUUAAAGAAAGCAGGUGCCGAUUAUGUGGGGUUAGAAUACAUUAACAAAAUAAAAAACGGCUGGUUAGAUUUUCACAUAUGUUUAUCUGAUUUUAAAAACAUGAAUAAAAUUCUUCCGGUGGCAAAAAUAUUAGGACCCAAAAAGUUAAUGCCAAAUGUCAAGUCCAAUACCUUGGUUCAUAAUUUAGUAGAUGCAAUUCUGUCCAUUAAGAGUGGUAACCGAAUAGAGUAUCGAAGUGAACAGGUAGAGCAAGAGACGUAUGACUUGUUCAAUCACAUUUACCAAUUUAGAAAUGUGCAUUUGGGUUCUAUAGCUAACCUGAGUGUUAAUAUUGCAUCCACUGACAUGAACCCGUAUGACACACUCGAAAAUAUAAAGUGCUUCGUGAGUGAAAUUUUGAAGUGUAAUGUGCACUCGAGUCAUAUGGAGAAGGAUACCAAGGUCACCUUCACUUGGCCACCCGUCACUUGCAAGAGGAAGAAGAAAAAGAUGAUGCAAAUGCAGGCAGGCAGUCCCCUCCUCGUUGGUGGGGAGCAACACUCCGAGUCUUUCCUCCUCGGGGCCUACAUCACUGUACCUGGCGUCCCCAAAAUAUUUCUGCACCCGCACCUGCUCCUCCCCCACUCGGACGGCUACUCCGUUUAA